AUGCGUUUAUUAACCACUGAAUCAAUAAAAGACAAAACGAAUUAUCUCAAGGUAGAACUACUAGAUAUUGAGAACGACCAAAAUGAGAAUAUGGGUUUUAUAAGGAAGCUGAGAAAGAGAAAACAACAAGAAAGUGAAUUCGACGAACCUAACAAAAGAGGCAAAACUCACGAAGUAAUUGUGUUAGAGAAUGACGAGGCAAUGAACAUCGCAGAAAAAACAAAAGGAACGACAAUGUACAUACCCCUAACAGAAGUAGUUGAAGAUCUUGACAUUCUAAAAACAGUGGAUAAUGACACGUCAAAUGUGGACGUUCGAGUGAGACUCAUUCAGAGAAGGGAAGAUAGAACAAUAAAGAACGAAAUAGUCCCAACUUGUCCCACGUCAAUAAAUGGAGAGUUGGUGGAUACACCAAUUGAUCCUGGUUCGAGAUUAAACCUAAUGCAUGAGAAAUACACAAGAAAAAGAGGGUUAGCAUGGAAGUGUGUGAAUGAAGGUGUAGUGACGAAUCAAGGGUUCUAUGUUAUGGAAUCGGCGAGUUUUGAUGUGUUGCUAGGAAUGCCUUGGAUAGCGAGUGCUAACUUGACAGCAGUACGAAGAUUUUACGUGAGAGAAGAAGAAAUAUACACUUUGGAAAGAGGUAUAAAGUGGUCAAAGAAGAGAGCUGAAAGGAACGGGUUAAGAGAUUCAAAAACAAUAAGACAUAAUGAAGGUGUGACGAUGGAACCAAUGGUGUUACGGAGGUUAACAAUAGAGAAUGCAACAUUGCUAAAUUUUGGAACUGGCCUUCGACCUAAAGAAAAAAAGAAAAUAAUCACACGAUUAGUACAAGAAGUGUCAAAGGUGUUUGCCUUUGAUCUGUCUGAGUUAGGCAGAACUAAGUUGGUAGAGUAUGAGGUAAGAACAGGUGGUGUAGAAGUUCUGCUGAAAAGAAUGAGACCAAUUAGAAUUAACAACUCGGAAAGAGCCAAGUUGUUUGAAGAGCACCUACGAGAAAUGAUCAAAUAUGGUUUAUUGGAGGAAAGAAACGGGCCGUAUGCCUACCAUUGUUUUCCCAUAGACAAGAAAGAAGGUGGGACAGAUCGUAUUCGCGCUGUUGGGAAUAUGAAACCAUUGAAUAAAUUUAUAGUAAAGGACAGUUACCCACUCCCAAUCAUCCAAGACAUAUUGGAAAAGGCUGUAGAACAUGACUGGUAUUCAGGAGUAGAUGCAUAUAAAGGAUAUUGGCAGAUUGGGAUUCGUGAAGAAGACAGAGACAAGGUAGCGGUGUCAAUGUCAAUGGGAGUCUUGCGCUAUACUGUAAUGUGUAUGGGACUAAAGAAUGCAAGUGAAACAUUUCAGAGGUUGAUGGAUCUGAUUCUAAAAGGAGAUGAAUGGAGAAAUUGCACAGCGGCAUAUCAGGACAAUGUUGGACUAUGGACAGAUGGGGAUUUGGAUGGACACAUCGACGUAUUCAUAAGAUUAGUCAAAAAAUUCGAGGAAGCGGAGUUGACGUUUGUCGCAAAGAAGUGCUUCAUUACCUACAAAGAAAUUAAUAUGUAUGGCUUUCCUGUUAGCAAAAAUGGGAUCAAAGUGGAUGUGAAAGGAGUAAAAAGGAUACAAGAAUGGAGAGGACCAAAAAAUCUUGAUGAACCAUUAACUGAUCUAAUGAGAAAAGACAAUGCAUGUGAUAUUUCAGUUAGGGCAGUAUUAGAAAAAGUGGAUAAGAGUAGUGAGUUUAGACCUAUAACAUUCGAAUCGAGGAAACUGAAUAGUCAAGAAAUUAAUUAUACAGUUACAGAGAAGGAGUGUUUAGCGAUUGUAUUUGGGUGUAAUAAGAAUGAAAG